ACCUAAAUAUUCUUCUAUAUUAAGAAGGAUAUUAUCGUUGUAUAUGAUGAAACUAAAUUAUUUAGGUCCGCAGUUUUCUAAAUGAACGCUCAAAGCUUCCAGUUCAUUCUGUCAGAAUAUUUUAUGAUCAAAAUUUCAAAUUCAGUAUUCCCUCACGCAGUUUAGCCACUCGAUAGUUUCAAAUUUAAGUUUAGGGUGAUGAACACCCUACUAAUUUGAUAAUGCGUUCAUCGAGCGCCUGGAGCCGAUAUCGAUGCUGUGCCGCCAUGCAACGCUGCAUAUUUAUAAAUUCAAGAAUUCUGUUGCUGGGACCGUGCUAUUACAGUGCGCGCCCUUCCCGGUCCGAGUACAGGGAUAAAAAGAGCAACAAAAUGAAAUUCAUAUAUGUUUUAAAUUGUUGAAUGAAUGGCAGUAAUUUCUCAUUUAAAUAUUAAAAUUUUGCUUGAGCGAAAUUGCAAAUAUUUUGGGUGGAAUCAUCUUCACAUUUUAAAGCUCUUUCAAUUCAAACUAUUAUUGACAGUAAAAUAUUUACACAAACAAAUAAGGAAUGCAAAGCUAUUUCAAAUGACCGGGAGUUGCCUUCUGAUAAUUUUGCAUGUUUUUUUAUUUUUUAUCUUGCCCUACGCGUGGGAUAAAAAUCUGCAACACACUUGGCUUUAAAUAGCGCUUGUUCGUGAUUUAUUCUGUUGUUGCGAACAUGGGGCGCAGCAUUCUCUUCAUUGCCGGAUUCGUCCUCUUGGCGGUUUCAUCAAUUCACGCCUCUGAUCUGGAAGAAUGCUGGUUAGAGGGAAAUACGUACAAUUGCUGCGACUCCUUCACUGUUGUCUUUCUCGACUAUAAAAUCUGCGGCACAGCCAAGUACUGGUAUGAAGAGGAGGCAGUGGAAAUCACCCUUGAAAUUGAUGACAAGCAAUGGAUUGAAAGAAACUACGCAGUUAAAGAUCUGCAAGGAGAGCAUAGCGAAAGAUUUCUCGGUUUUGGAUUUUACGUAAAUAUUUACGAAGUGAGACGGGAGGGGACGUCGCUGUAUAUUUGCGCUCGAGCAAAGAUCACGGCUCUCUUCUACACAGUCUGGGAAAAACAGCAGUGUUUCACCUUGGCCUCAAAAGAGAGGGAACGACUUUCUGUAAACUAGAUAUUGGCUUUCAAUAAAACGUUGCA